AUGCCGGGAGCGAAGCGCAGGUAUAGAGAUAGGGCGCAUUCCGCGGCUCUAACGGUGAGUUAUUUCGCCGAUCACGGCGGUCCGCGGCGUGAAUGGCCGCGAGAUGCAACGCGCAGGCUGCAGCGCUCCCCCCUACCCCCAACCCGCCCGCGGCUCGUCCCGCGCGCGCGCAUUCCGCAGCUCAGCCCGAGCUUGCGCAACCUCCGCCGCAUUCCAUUCAUAGCGGCGCGCGACUCGAUAACCGCGCAGCGCACCGAAGCCUCCGACUAG